GGCGGGACAUGGCGGCGGGCGGGAGCUGAGGGGCCCGGCGGCCGGGCAGAGAGACGGACAGACAGCAUGGCGUGCUCGCACAGCGUGGUGUUUCUGCUGGACACGGCCAGCCCGGGCCGGCGGGCGCGGCUGCAGCGCGGCGCCCUGCGUCUCCUCAACCAUCUGCGCUGCCGGUUCGGGCCGUGUCGCCUCCGCUGGGCCUUUCGGUUCCUGGACUCGCUGGGGGGCCGCGUCGGGGCCUCGCGGGGCGGCGGGUUCCGCUCCCCCGGGCCCCGCGCCUGGGCCCGCUUCGAGGAGGAGCUGGCCGAGCGGUUCGGGGCGCCCCGAGCCCUGCCCGGCCCCGCGCCCCGCGCCGCCCUCACGCACGGUGGUAUCAAGGAGACGCUGCUCGACUUCCAGUGGGACCGCCCGGAGAUCGCCUCCCCCGCCAAGCCCCUGCGCGGGAGCCGCGGGGGCGGGCCGCCCCCCCGAGAGCCGCCCGAGGGCUUCGUGAACGCCGUUUUCCUCUUCUCGCCCUGCCCCCACUCGCGCAGAGAGCUGCGGCGGUUCGUGUCCGGGAGCGAGGGCUCUGCCUCCCCCUGCCAGCCGCCCACCGUGCAGGAGCUGGCGGAGAAGCUGCUGCCCAGGAGUGUCCAGGAGCUGAUUGCCGAGCAGAAAAUCACCCUGUUCUGGGUGGACACUGCUGAGUGGUCUCAGGUGAAUGAAUCCCCAGAUCAUGUUGGAUAUUGGACAAUGUUUGAACUGCUUCGUCAGAUAGGAGGCACCAUUUUGCCAUCUGAAACCUUAGUGCAGUGUUUGAGUCACCACAGGGCAGAUCUUGCUUGUGGUUUUCUUGGAGACGUGAGUUCCCCAGUGCCACAAACUGUGCCUUGGACCAAGCUUCUACCGCUGGACACGACUUUGAACUGCUUGUUGUCAAAGCCCUCUGUAUUGCAAGCAGUAUUCCCUCAGCAAGAAGGAACGCUGUUUCUCAGCAUGCCUGGAGGAAAGAAGCAGGAAAGCUGUGCCGUGAUCCUAGAACCCCUAGCCAUGAGCCAAAGACGACUGCAUUGUCCAGUCAAUAUUUUCCUGAAAGGCAGCUUGACGGGUUGGAGCUUGAUGCAGGCUGACCACUUUCUUACAGAGAGCUGGAUAUUGCACAGCUCGCAGGCUGAGCAGGCAGAACAUAACAGGUCACUGUUUCAUCAUCUAUUAAGGAGUCUAGCGACUGAAGGACUACACAUGGUUGCUGAGGUAUCUCUAUAUGAAACUUGGUGUCCCUGUACUGCUGUUUUAUCACCGCUUUCAGAGAGUUCUGCAGUUCUGACUGUACUUGGUACGGAGAAGACUGCUGAAGUUCAGCGAUGCAGUAUUCUUGAAGGAGCUGUAGUGGAGAAGUGUUCCCAAGACAAUGCUCCUUGCCUCCCAGAUGUUGUGAACAGUGUGUUGAGUAAAAUUAACACAUCGGUGGAAGAUUCUCUGGCCAGUGUGGAAGAAGAAACUCCUUUGCCAGAGUGGGUCCAGCGGGAACUGUCCCAUACAGGGGGCUGGCAUCCUUCAGCGCUUGAAGCAUGGUAUCCUGCAUCAAAUGCUUGUGGAGCCAGCUCAGAUCUGAUGGAGUCAUUCAGGCUCCUGCAGGUUCCUUGUGUUAAUGGGAAGGAUGAUGCAGACCAGUCUAAAAUGGAACUCUCAGAAAGUCUGUCUGAGCUGUACCAGAGAAAACUCAGUGAAAUAUCUGCUGCAGCUGGACCAGGAAAUAACAAAAAAAGACGUGGAGUUCCCCGAACUCCAGUCAGGCAGAAGAUGAAGACCAUGUCCAGAUCUCUGCAAAUGCUCAACGUAGCAAGGCUGAAUGUAAAAGCUCAGAAGUUUCAACCUGAUGGUGCAUCACCAACAGUGAAUGAGAAGGUUCCACAGAAGCUUUCAGCAAAAAGAUUGGAUGAAAAGAUGGAAGAAAAGGAAAAGGCACUUAAAAUAUCCAUAGACUUUAAAACUGAAGAGGAACUGCAGUCCCAUUUAAUUGCAAGCUACCAGAUGGCUAUUGCUGAGGGAGUUCUUUCAUCUGUGUGUGCUCAGAAUAUGAUCGUGGCCAUUAAAAAGUUCUUGAAAGUACAAGAUGACAAAGAGAAAGAGGUGGCCUGUGUGGAAAGAGUCAGAAACCAUCUCCUGAAGACCAGCAAAACACUCAGACAACAGCAUGGCUUACAGAAGGAGACCAAAGUUGGAGAAUGCCGACUUCAGGUAUUUUUGCGCCUUGAGUUAUGUCUUCAGUGCCCUUCACUGCAAAGCAACACUGAUGAAAUGGAGCAGCUGUUAGAAGAGGUGACAGAUAUGCUCCGCAUUUUAUGUCUGACUGAAGACCCAGGGUAUCUUACAAAGUUUCUAGGGGAAAUAUUAGAAUUGUAUAUGAAUUCUAUACCGAAGACCCUUGGAGAUAUUUACUAUGGUCUUGGUACACAAAUACCCCCGAAGCUGGCAUCUCUUCUGCCUUCAGACUUCUUCAGUGAUGAUUCUGUAACUCUGGAUAGCAAAUCUCCAAGCCUUCCACCAUCUUUAUCAUCUGCCUUAACUCCUAGCACUGUUUGCCUGCGCACUGAGAGUGAUCAGCUGGAGGAGCUGCGCACCAGAUCUGCCAAAAAGAGAAGGAAUAAUGUAUUAGCCAGACACAGGAGCAUGACAGAAGCACCACAGAACUUGCGUCAAAUUGAGAUUCCCAAGAUAGCCAAGAAUCCCAUCAGAAAGGAGAACUUGCGUUCUUACCAUGCCACCGAGAAGGCCCAACAGAUGCCCUUGCCGAAAGAGGCAGUGCAAGAGGUUACAAAGGUAAGGAGGAACCUCUUUAAUGAAGAGAUAGUAUCACCAUCAAGACGAUCUAUGAGGAAGAUGCCUAGAAGCCAGUCAGUAUCUGCCGUGGAAGGCUUAAGAUACAAAAGCACUGAUGAAGGCACUAAAGAUCACCGCAAGUUAUUGACCAAGAGAGUUGCAGAAACACCACUACAUAAGCAGGUCUCCAGGAGACUACUACAUAAACAGAUCAAAGGCCGGUCUUCUGAUCCAGGUUGUGACACGGGUGUUGUAGAAGAAUCUCCAGAGAAAAUCUUAAAUGAAGCAGGUUUGAGAAGAAGUCCACGCAUCAAACAGCUGUGUUUGAACAGGACCUGCUCUGGUGUCUUCUAUUCUGCUACACAGCCCGGCUCACAAAAUUCACAGCAAGUCCAUCAGGGACAAGAAGCGGAGAGUGGUACAUUGCAGGAUGCAGAAGGCAUUAAGCAACGCUCAGAACGUUCCACCGUCCAGACUCCCAAGAGGUUUUUCUUUGGCGCAGUCACUGACAUGUGUAGUCCUGCAGUGAAGCAUUCACCUGGAAAGAGGAGAAUAAGAAAAGAUUCCUUACACUUAGAGGACCUGACUACCUGUCAGACUCCAAGAAAAACACCCCAUAAAUUUGCCCAGAAGCCACUGAAUUCGGCCAGUAAGCCACCAAGGAGAUCACCUCGCCUACUCCACAGGACACCACAGAAGCUGGAUCAGACUCCUGGCAAAAGUGUAGCUGCUAAGCACAGUGCAGCUAAGUGUUUGGGAAAGUACUUUUCUCGUCCUGUACAAAGGGUCAAAUCACCAUCUGCCUUAAAUAAAAGUAAGAGUAUUCAUUUACUACAAGUGGCUUCUAAGGACUGUUCUCCAGCAAAAAGACUUUCUUCUCCUUGCAAAGAUGCGGGCUUACAAAUGGCAGAACAUGCAGGGUUCACAGUGCUCAAUGCAUCAUUAUCACCUCUGACAGAUUCAAAUCCGGCUGCCUCUUCCUCCUCUGCCGUCCAGGAAAGAUGUUUUACAGAACUGCAAACUCCAAGACGUUCCUUGAGAUCCCUCUCAAAAUUAGUAUCUCCAGUCAGUGCUUGGAGGCAAAUCCUCCCAAAGGAAAUUGAGGUGCAGUCAGAUCCCUUAUCUCAUGCAACUGAAAGUACUCCCAAGAAGACUGAACACCCAGGGUCAAAAUUGUGUACCAGCCUAAAUGCAGAAACGUUGCAGCUCGCUGUGAGGCUAGAGUCUCCCUCCAGUUCUCCUUCCCAUGAAAGUUCCACAGACACUGCGGCAGUUGGCUCUCCACACCACAUGCAGGCUAGGAAGUCUGACUGGGAACUUAAUGCACCUAAAGCAUCUCUUUUAAAAUCCCCAGGUAUUCCUGGCACUUCACUGGUGUCCCUGCCUCACACAUCCAAGCAGGCCAAAUGUGAACAAAAUUUUGGAGAGGAGAACUUUACGUUUGCAUGUGCAACACCUUCCAAAAAUAAGGACAGUCAUCAUGAUGGUGGUAACUAUUCCAUAGAAAGCUUCCAGCAUUGUCGGUCCCGAGUUACUGAAAAUAUCCCUGUAUUGGAGAAAAAUAAACAAAUGAAUGUAACAUCUCAAAAGUCUUCUCCAAUAGAGGACCCAGAAAACUUAGAAAAGCAUUUGUCUCCAAAGCCUUCUGCUGGAGAGGAGGCACAUGGACAGAAAGCUGAGAUGGAGUGUGAGCAAUUGAAUACGGAGAAAAACUCCAGUGCAAACACCUGUGAGUCCUUCUUAAGUGGCGCUCAAAUAAUUAGUGAUGAGUUAGAAGCAAGAACCCUGCUGGGAGAAGAAUGUGUGGGGGUGAAGACUCCAAGUCUUAAGAUACACUCCCAAUUUGCCCUGAAUACUUCGCCUCCUAUACCAAAGUCUGCUCCUGCCUAUUCUUUACGCUGCACUGCGGACAGGAGGCAGCGGGAGGCUGCAGCACGGAUGGGAAAUCCUGAACUUCCAGCCAAGUUCUCUGCUUCUAAAGGUCGCUCCAAACCGCCUUCUGCUAGCCCACCAACUUACGAAGUUGAACUUGAAAUGCAAGCUUCAGGCCUGCCCAAACUUCGUAUUAAGAAAAUUGGCUCUUGCUCAUCGCUGGAAGUUCAGCCUGAAGGAAGUGCCAACAAACCCAAGGGAGGAGAAAGCCCCGUUGGUGAUCUUGCUGGAACGUGGUGUAGUAAGCACCCGGGAAAACUAGCAGGUGCUUGUGUUUCACCGUCCAGCUUUCGCUCAUUCCACAACACACCUGCAAAAGGGGGAGGACAGACCUACAUAUGCCAGUCAUACACUCCAACAAGCUGUGCCUCUAAUGCCACCUCCCCGUCCCCCUUAGAAGCAGGAGUUCCCUGGACGCCUUCUCCAAAGCAGAGGGGGAAGACUACCCCUGAUGCUAUCAAGGAUUGGCCUCGGAGAAAGAGAGCAGCGGGAAGCACUGCUAACACUAGCUGUGGUCAAAGUGAGAAAAACACUGAUGAACAGAAGAGAGUAUCAGCAGGCGGAGAAGGAGGGAUGAAGACCUCGGAGCACUGCAAUAGCAAAGUAAUAAAUACUCUUGGGGAAUUUGAGCUAGAAGGGGUUUACAGGCUCCAGGAUCAGGCAUCUCCUAGUGACUCUGAACCUAGGGCUGAGGAGGACUCUGCCAUGGGAAUUUUUGGCUUGAAAUCUCGUAAGCGGGUCUUCAGGUACCUAUCGCCUGAAAAGGAGGAGAAUCGUGAUCGCAAGAGAUGUUGCACUGAUAGUUGCAACUUGGAUCUCCCUGGCAUUUCCACAGAUGAGUGCAACAGAAGCAAAUCAAGGACAGACACUGUACUUUCUGAGAAACCAGGAGCAUGUGCGCUCGUAACUCCUGAGCAGCACAGUUGUGUAGGGGAUGAUGAUGUCUUCCUUUUGUCAGGCUCAACUCCACCACUGAAGAGCACGCUCUCUGCUAGCAGCCUUCUAGCACUGACCCAGUCUCCACUGCUGUGCCAGGGACAGACACCGCCGUCUCGCAGGACGUGUCCCCGAGACGAGGAAUCUGAUGCCUUCCACGUUACUUCAAACUGGGAGCUGUCUCCAUUCCCCAUCAUGGCUUCCAGGAAGCGUCCCCUUAGCAGGACUUACUCACGGAAAAAGCUGCUCAGCUGAAGUUUGGAGCCAAAACAGUAUGGGAAACUUUGUAUUAUUCCAACUGUACAACAUUUUUUUUGACAAAGACCUUAUACUUGGUGCCGGUCUGGAGCUCUCCUGUGAGAGAGUGGAUGCAAGCAUGUGACAUUGGAAAUAAGGACCACUCUAAAAGGGUUUUUUUAACCUCAAUUGUAGCAUCUCUCCAUCCAUUCAAAUCUUGGCUCGGACUUUCUGACGCUUCUCCUGCAUGUGAUAACUGAAUUCUGCAGUGAAGGUUCAACUCUGCUAGGCAGAGAAUUGUCACUUUUCUACAGCUUUCUUGUAAAAUAAACUGAUGUGAAUUUUCAUUGUGUCACUUAAUCAGAAAUGUGGCUGUAGCCCAAGGAACAGGGAAGAGAUUUGGGGCUGCAGGAAGAAAGGUCCUACAGGUAAAUUGGUACAAAACAAGCUGCAUGCCCUUGCUCUGUAUCUUGUCCUGAUACUAACUGGAUCCCUGUUAGCUGCAUCCAGUUUGCCAGCUUAGUGCGAGAGUAACAAGGAGAUUAAUUCUGAUGCAUUAAUGAGUAUAUUACUCCAAUACCAGACAAAUGCCAAAAGACAACUUAGCUGGGAACAAGGAAUGGAGUUCAAUUCUCCCUCUUUGUAGAUCAUGAAUGGUGUAAUUGGUGCAUUGGCUUAGGGCUGUUGCCGGUUAAGCAGAUCAGUACAAGUGCUGAUGGAGUAACUUUGUUGUCUUUGCAAACUUGCAGUGGGCCAGAGAGGACUGCCUGGAGAAAAUUCCUUCAGAGGUAAAACUUGGAUGGAAUAACUGGAGGUGACAGUUCAAAGACUGAUCAAACACAGAACAGUUGCCUGUGAGACAUGGGGCUAGGAUAAAGCUUAUGGAGACAGCAGGAACUGCGCUUCAGUGCCUGAAACAGUCUACAAGGGGCUAAAACUGUGUGUUAUCUUGGAAAGGCUGAGUUUUUUCCUUUCUGGUAGCAAACGUCUGCAUGGCAGAUUAUUGGGGAAGUCCUCUCACUGUCUAGUUGAAUGCACAGGAACAAAGAGCUAUAAAGAUGGUUGAGGUCCUCCCAAAAUCAGGCAUGGUAAGGCAGAAGCUUGUUGCAUGGUUUUAAGGCUCUGAGGAGCUAAAUGGUAUUGAAUGGGGUUUGUUUUCUGGAAACACUAUUGCAGAGUGGAGGAACAGUGUGAAUGUUUGGCUUGUGGGAGAAGUGCACCUGCUUUGGGGAUGUGGACUGAUACACAAGCAUGGACC